AUGAGCCAGCAGGAUGCGGUCGCUGCACUUUCAGAACGCCUUCUCAUAGCUGCGUACAAAGGCCAAGCAGAGAAUGUGGUUCAGCUCAUCAACAAGGGCGCCAAGGUAGCAGUUACCAAGCAUGGCCGGACCCCCCUGCAUCUUGCUGCCAAUAAGGGCCAUUUCUCUGUGGUCCAGAUCUUGCUGAAGGCUGGCUGUGAUCUCGAUGUCCAGGAUGAUGGGGACCAGACUGCACUGCACCGUGCCACAGUGGUGGGGAACACCGAGGUCAUUGCGGCGCUCAUCCAGGAGGGGUGUGCUUUGGACAGACAGGACAAGGAUGGAAAUACGGCCCUGCAUGAAGCGUCCUGGCAUGGGUUCAGCCAGUCGGCCAAGCUGCUCAUUAAGGCAGGAGCCAACGUACUUGCCAGGAACAAGGCGGGGAACACCGCUCUGCACCUGGCCUGCCAGAACAGCCACUCCCAGAGCGCACGCGUCCUCCUGCUGGGUGGCUCCCGCGCGGACCUCAAAAAUAACGCAGGAGACACCUGUUUGCACGUUGCUGCGCGCUAUAAUCACUUGUCCAUCAUUAGGCUCCUCCUCAGUGCUUUCUGUUCUGUCCAUGAAAAGAACCAGGCUGGUGAAACAGCACUUCAUAUUGCUGCUGCCCUAAAUCACAAGAAAGUGGUUAAAAUUUUAUUGGAAGCUGGAGCAGAUGGGACCAUAGUAAACAAUGCAGGUCAGACACCACUGGAGACGGCUCGUUACCAUAAUAAUCCAGAAGUUGCUCUUCUCCUCACUAAAGCUCCCCAGGUUUUGCACUUCAGUCGUGGGCGAAGCCUGAGAAAAAAGAGAGAGAGGCUCAAGGAAGAGAGGAGAGCCCAGUCUGUGCCAAGAGAUGAGGUGGCACAAAGCAAGGGUAGUGUCUCAGCAGGAGACUCCCCCAGCAGCGAACAGGCUGCACUCAGAAAAGAAGAGGCCAGAGAAGAUUUCCUGUCAGCUUCCCCGGAGCCCAGAGAAAAGGACAACAGGAGAAGAAAGUCAAGGCCUAAGGUCUCUGCCUUUUCAGAUCCCACUCCACCAGCAGACCAACAGCCUGGACACCAGAAGAAUGGGCAUGCUCAUAAUCACCCCAAAAAGAGGAGCAGACAUCGGUGUUCAUCCCCACCCCCUCCCCAUGAGUUCAGAGCAUAUCAGCUCUACACAUUGUACCGGGGCAAAGAUGGGAAAAUAAUGCAGGCACCAAUAAAUGGUUGUCGAUGUGAACCUCUAAUCAACAAGCUGGAGAACCAGUUGGAGGCAACUGUGGAGGAGAUAAAAGCGGAGCUGGGAUCUGUUCAGGAUAAAAUGAAUACAAAACUGGGGCAUAUGGAGAGUAAGACCCAGCACCAAAUGCGUGUGCUGGACAAGCUGAUGGUUGAGCGACUGUCAGCAGAGAGAACCGAGUGCCUGAAUCGCUUGCAACAGCACUCAGACAUGGAGCAGCAUGAGGGAGAGAAGCGACAGAUGUCCUUGGUGGAUGAAUUAAAAACCUGGUGCAUAUUAAAGAUUCAGAAUCUGGAGCUGAAGCUUUCCGGAGAUUCUAGGGCCUCCAGGUCUAAAUCCAUACCAUCUACUUGGGAGUCUUCUACAGGUGCGGAUCAAGAUCAAUCAGUGGUGACUGCAGGUCCAUUAGCAGCUUCUGACAGCUCCCCUAAGGUGGUUAGGCCCAAGGAGAAGCCCCUCAACUCCACCACUGCCCAUAGACCCCAUCAGGAGCUGUCUUCCACUGACUGUGCAGGUUCCCGAGUAAGGAACGUCAAGGUCCAGACAGCCUUGCUGCCUUCAAAUGAGGCAGCUAAGUGUGAUCUGCAGGCUGGGCCCUGUGUCGACAGAGGCACCCAAACCAAGAAGUCUGGGAAAAGUGGGCAGAUGAGGCAUCGAGCCCAGCACCCAACAUCCAGCAACUGUGGGCCGCUGCCGCCACCAGCUGCAAACAGCGAGCGGACUGCCCCUCACGUUCGAGACACCUCCCAAGCUCUGGAGCUUACCCAGUAUUUUUUUGAGGCUGUUUCUACCCAGAUGGAAAAAUGGUAUGAAAGGAAGAUUGAAGAAGCACGAAGCCAUGCUGAUCAAAAAGCCCAGCAAGAUAAAGCUACACUGAAGGAACACAUUAAAAGUUUAGAAGACGAACUUGCUAAACUCAGGACUAAAGUGCAGAAGGAAAAUUAG